AGAUUGUCGAGGCCACAGAGAAAAUGUAAAACUCAGCAGGUCAGUCUGUGAUUUACUAGGAGGGUCACCGUUAAGACAGCGGUCUGCUCAGGAGAGGAGUAUGGAGCCCUUAACUCAGUCAGAGGUGUUUGGGGAGCUCAGGAAGGAGCUUUAUGGAGACAAACAGUCGAGUCAUUCCAGCACACACGUAUUUAUAGUCCUGGGAGCGUCUGGAGAUCUUGCCAAGAAGAAGAUUUAUCCGACUUUGUGGUGGUUAUUCAAAGAUGGCCUGCUCCCAGAGGACAUCUAUAUCGUGGGAUUUGCCCGCUCUGACCUGACUGUAGAGAAAAUUAAGGCGGCAUGUCUUCCACAUAUGAAGGUGACUGACGAGGAACUCGAUAGUCUAUCAGCCUUCUUCAAAAGGAACUCCUAUCUGAGUGGUCGCUAUGAUGUUGGCAGCUCCUUUGAACGACUCGACAGCCAUCUGUCAUCUCUGCCCAGAGGGGAAACCGCCAACCGGCUCUUCUACCUGGCGCUGCCCCCUACCGUCUACCACCAAGUCAGCACAAACAUCAGAAACCACUGCAUGAGCUGCAAAGGCUGGAACAGGGUAAUCUUUGAGAAGCCGUUUGGUCAUGACCUCCAGAGCUCCCAGGAGCUUUCAGCCCACCUCUCUAACCUGUUCAGAGAAGACCAGAUCUACCGCAUAGAUCACUACCUGGGAAAAGAAAUGGUUCAGAACCUCAUGGUUCUCAGGUUUGGAAAUCGCCUGUUUGGACCCAUAUGGAACAGGAACAGUGUGGCCUGUGUGGUGCUCACCUUCAAGGAGCCCUUUGGCACUCAGGGCCGUGGAGGAUACUUUGAUGGCUUUGGGAUAAUUAGAGAUGUCAUGCAGAAUCACCUGCUUCAGAUGCUCUGUUUGAUUGCAAUGGAGAAACCUGCAUCCACCAGCCCUGACGACGUGAGGAAUGAGAAGGUGAAGGUCCUGAAGUGCAUAAGUCCUCCUAACAUGGCAGAUGUGGUGCUGGGUCAGUACGUGGGAGAUCCGAGAGGAGAGGGCGAUGCCAAGCUGGGUUACCUUGAUGAUCCCACAGUACCAAAAGGCUCCUGCACACCAACGUUUGCAACUGCAGUGCUCUACGUCCAGAACGAAAGAUGGGAUGGUGAGGCUCCAAUCCGGACUUCUUUCCUCAUUGCUUCUCUUUCUCUAUCUAAAUUUUCCCUGCAGUUACCAUGUUUUAAUCUCCACCUGGGUCAUCCAUCAGGGGUUCCUUUCAUUCUGCGCUGUGGGAAAGCCCUGAAUGAGCGGAAAGCCGAGGUGCGUCUGCAGUUCACGAACGUACCCGGAGACAUCUUUGCUGACCACUGUCAGAGAAACGAGUUGGUGGUCCGGGUGCAGCCGGACGAGGCUGUUUACCUGAAGAUGAUGACCAAGAGGCCUGGAGUUUUUAUGAGCCCAGAGGAGACCGAGCUGGACCUCACCUACAAGAGCAGAUACAAGAAUGUGAAGCUUCCCGAUGCUUAUGAGAGACUGAUUCUGGACGUCUUCUGUGGAAAUCAGAUGCACUUUGUCCGCAGUGAUGAGUUGCGAGAAGCCUGGAGGAUCUUCACCCCCCUGCUCCACCAAAUAGAAGCUGCAAAUAAACAACCUAUUCCUUACACAUAUGGAAGUCGUGGUCCAAGUGAAUCAGACCAUCUUAUUCAGAGGGUGGGCUUCCGCUACGAGGGAACAUACAAGUGGGUGCAGCCCCACACAGCCUGAUUCUCCAAGUUGUGCGAUGUGCAUGCACAGAUUCACAGAUGUUCUCAAAUAAAAUUUACAGCAGCCA